CCCUUGACCCAUCUGCACCAGAUGUUUACGCCUACAUUUAAGCCAACUGCUUCACACGCGCUGCAUUCACAGUGCUGUGGGCAGGUUCAGCGCUCUGUUGCACCGCCGAUCGAUGCUCAUUUGGGGCUUAAGAAGACCCUCAAGUGCUUGCCAUGAGGAUUUAGCGCCCUGCCACCAUACUGGAGCAUUUCUAGCCUCGGCGAGCACCUCCGCAUGUCAUGGUUUGCUCGUCCCGCUGGCGGAAGAGGCAGCUCUUCUGCGGACUGCUGCUCAGCUUCAUCCUCUUCUACGUGUUCGGCAUCGGUCUCCUCAUCCACAAGGCGGCAUCCACCGCACGGUCCUCCAAGGACAGUCCGCCAGGAAGCGUCACCUCAGUGGCGGGAACGCUGAGGGAAAACCCCCAACACCUCCGCUACCGCCUCGGGAUGAAAGCGGCCCCGGCCCCGCCAGUGGCGGUCAUGGCCUCCCCGGCAAGACAGGACCAGGAGACGAAGGACCUACGGAUGGGCGCACACAGGGACGUGAGGCUGGAGCAGUGCACGGCGCUGCGGUAUUCCCCGACUCCCCUCCCCAUCACAGCUCUCGUCAGUUUCCCUGGAUCAGGCAACACGUGGCUCCGUUAUCUCGUACAACAAGCCACAGGUAUUCUGACGGGAAGUGUCUACAAAGACUUGGAGCUGAAAAGACACGGGUUUCCGGCUGAAGGGUGCAUCAAUGGCUCUGUCGUGCUCGUCAAGACGCACGAGUUCGGCGGGAACAACUCCUUCAAGCAUUUUGAUAAGACAAUCUUGAUGGUGCGAGACCCAUACGACGCUAUCUUAGCAGAGUUUAACCGACACUACGGCGGCCAUAACGGAUUUGCUGCCAAGGCUAGAUAUAAGAGCCAAGCGUGGCGGGAGUUCGUCGAAGGGAAAUCCCAGACAUGGAGCAACACGUUUCUUGAUUGGCUGAAGUUUCCCGGCCCUUUGCUCAUCGUCCAAUACGAGAGACUAAGAGACGACCUUGAAAACCAACUCAGAAGAAUAGCCAUAUUCUUAAACCUUCCGGCGAUCUCGCAAGACAGAAUGAACUGCGUCGUAAGGAAUUCUGAAGGAAAAUUCAAGCGCCGGAGAAAUCCAGAGGACGAUUUUGACCCGUUUUCAAGACAACAGAGAGCUGUCGUUAAUGUAUACAAGAAGGCUGUAUAUAUGUUAAUAGCCCAGCAUGAAAAUCAGAAUAGAUGACUAAAACAUUAGGGUAAAAUAUCUAGAAAAUGAAUUUAGGGAGGGAAUCAAUUAAUUAUUGAAUUCAACGCAUUGGUAUCAGGCUACUUAUCAUUGAGCUUAAGAAUUUUCAAUGAAUGCAUGAAAAUAAACAUAGGCUUGUGGUGCACUAGCUUGGAACUAAUACUAGUAUUUUUGUAAGACGAGAAAAAUGUCCCUAGCAGUUACGAGCGAUCGCUGUUGUUUAUAUCCGCGGUAUUCGGCGGUUGGUGCCUACCAGGACGUCAGCAGAUUGGAUUGUAAAUUGACAUUUAAAUUAGCAGAUCAAAUCACCGGUUAAUAUGUAAAUCAAUCUUUUGCCAAACACCUGCUUUUUGCCUACCACUGCGUCACCGUGACAUCAUCGCGAUCCCUCGUAUACACCAGUCCGCCACAAGUUAACUCCUCCCUCUCCGUUCAGGACAAGUCAAUUGUAGUUCCAAAUCAUAGUUAGGGUAACUGAAAUAGUGAACAGUAUGUCUAGAAGAGCCACGGACUCUUACGUAAAGCGUGCAAUCGGUACGUUUGAAUCAUUGUUGGUCAUUGUCCAAGGGUGGCCACGAGUUUAGGCUACUCGGUACCUCAUUAGAGAUGACAUGCUAUUGUUACACGUGUCUUCGCUUGCUGCUGUUAUUCGCCAUUCGCUAAACAUUUUUUUUUUAAUUUUUGACAGCUAUUAUUCCUUAUUUUACAUUACCAACUUUUUCAUGAAAAUAUGAGAUUCUAUUUUCGUCAUCAGGGAUUAAAUACUAACACACGCCAUAUAACCGCCACCAAACAGUGCUUCGAAAACGGUUUCAUCAACUUUGCAAAUCAAUGUUCUAUGUGGAAUGUACAGGAAAACAAGUGAAUGGAAGUAGGAUAUGCAAAUACAUAUUUUUUAACAGAAA